AUGAACAAAUUCGCCAAAACGUCUUGCGAUGACGUCAAGAGUGAGCCAGACGUUGACGAGGCUAGUCAACCACGCAAAGUCUUCUCCAGUGGGCACAACACACCUCCGCCCAGUGGGCACCAUUCAUCGAAACGCUCCAACACUCCGCUCGCGGCAUCUCCCCUCUCCGGCAAGAGUGCGUCUGGCACUCGACCAAACAGUCGCACAGCGGCCGCGUCCCCGGUCGGCUCUAUGUCCAGUCUCUCGGGCAGCGAUAAACAGUUGCAGAACGGAAGUAUGACGGAUAUCAAAGGCGCAGGUUUGCCACUUUUUCGCCAUAUCUGCUCACAUCGAGCACACUUUUGUGUGUGCCUCCCCAUUUCUAUAUUCACCUUUUUCCAUGCCGACGGCUUACAUUCAUUCCAAAAUUGGGUGAUUCUUCACUUUAUUCGUUAA